AUGACCAGGACUUCGAAGGACAAAUUAUUUGAGUUAGAUCCAGAGAUUGAGAGGACUUUCAGGGCUUUGAGAAUUCAAGAGAAAGCUUCAGAAGGCUCUGAAAAUAUCUUAUCACAUUCAGAUAUUCCCAUGGCUGAUCAUAAUAGAACCAUGAAGGAACUUGCAGCUCCUGAUGAGGCUUUCAAGUAUUCGUGCAUCACUUAUCCAAAUUUAGCAGGAGAUUUUGAGUUGAGAUCAGGGCUGAUUCAUUUACUUCCUAAAUUUCAAGGGUUAUCUGGAGAAGAUCCAAAUAGACAUUUGAAUGAAUUCCAUGUGGUAUGUUCAACCAUGAAGCCACAGGGAAUUUCAAAAGAAGAUAUCAAGCUAAGGGCUUUUCCAUUUUCAUUGACUGGAGUAGCAAAGGAUUGGCUAUUUUAUUUGCCACCAAGAUAUAUUACCUCUUGGAUUGAUAUGAAGAAGGCUUUCUUGGAAAAGUACUUUCCAGCAUCAAGGACCGCUACUAUCAGGAAGAGUAUCUGUGGAAUUCAACAAGUGGUGGGAGAGACACUGUAUGAAUAUUGGGAGAGAUUCAAGAAGUUAUGUGCAAGUUGUCCUCAGCAUCAAAUUAGUGAGCAGUUACUAGUUCAGUACUUCUAUGAGGGAUUAUUGCCUAUGGACCGAAGUAUGAUAGAUGCGGCAGCUGGAGGGGCUUUGGUGAAUAAAACUCCAGAACAAGCUAGAGAGCUCAUUUCUAAUAUGGCAGAGAAUUCUCAACAAUUUGGAAGUAGGGCUUUGACUACAAGAGGAGUUGGAGAGGUGCAAAUGUUUUCUAGUGAACAAAAGGAGAUAAGGAAUUCAUUAUUGGAGUUGACAUCUUUGGUGAAGCAAUUGGCGUUGAAUAAUGUUAAUCAAACUUCCACUUUGCCGAGCACACAAUUUCCAUAUCAAUCAAGGGGAGUUUGUGGUAUUUGUUCUAGCCAAGAUCAUGAUUCGGAGUUAUGUCCUAAUCUUCAUCAAGACGAGUCUUUGGCAGCGUUUUCUAGGGCUCAAUUUUCUCAAAAGUAUGAUCCUUAUUCUUCUACUUAUAAUCCUGGUUGUAGAGAUCAUCCAAAUUUGAGGUAUAGCAAUUCAUUUCAUCAACAACCACCCUUGAAUCAAAAUUUCCAGCAGCAAUUCCAACCUUUUCAGAGACAAUUUCAGUCAUAUCAGCAAAUACCUAAUCAAAAUCAGCAACCUCAUUUUCAAAAUCAGCAAAAUCAGCAAAGUUUCCAGUAG